CCGGCUAAAAAAUGAUAUGCACCUUGAGGCACCGGUUGUCCGCCAUGGAUCUAAGAUUAAACGGAUGAAACAAAAAAUAAUCAAUGACAAGAAGAAUUAGCGGUCAAUCUGAAAUUGUUUACCCCAGAGUAAUAUAGUGCAGUCAUGACCCUGAGUUAGGCAUUUGUUCUUUUAACGGCGCUUGUGGCACAUCGUUGUUCCUAGUCGAGGGAAUACUUUAACCCUACACAACAUCAAAAAUUUAGGCAGGACUUAUAUUCUUUAAUGUUUGGUGAAUGACGAGACUAAUUAUUGCAAGAAUCUGUGAAACGUGUUUUACAUUUAUCUAGUUCCCCAUCUCGUAUCCGUAGCUGUCAUGUGAAAUAGCCGUUCAAAAGUUUGAGAUUUCGUACUGAAAUUUAUUUAAUCUUAAUCAAGACGAGCAGCUUAUUUUAAUUAUGGCGAACUUACUAGGCGUUGUGAUAUGUAUGACUGUUCUAUUAUCCAUCCAAGCUCAAAAUUCAUCCACAUUUUCAUCACAUUCUGAAAUUGCAGAAAUAACUUCAGUAACGACAAAAACUUCUGAAGAUUUUAAUGGAACUGCUACCACGUUAGGUAUCAUGGAAGAUGUCACCACUAAUCGGAACAAUGUUGAAAUGGCAACCGAAGCUGCAGACACAUCUCUAUUCUCUUCAGCUGCAUCUACGGUUAAAUUAGAGACAACAACUUUGCAAGAAGUAGAGUCAACAACUUUAAGCGUCUUACAAAAAUGGAAGAAGUUCGAAAACGUCACAAAAAUUUUCGCUAAACAAAGCGUGAAGGCUUUGUUACCUGGGCUUAUGGAAGGAACGAGCAAAAUGAAUAUCAGUGCAAGUUGUAGGCGUGAUGUUCUUAAGCUCCUUGUAGGCUUAAGAGAUAUCAAGACCUGGGCCUUCAGCUUUCUUGAUGCUAGUGGAAAGAUGAUCACAGGCAUGCUAGGAGGAACCCUAUCUGACCUCGGUGAAUACGACCAGUGCGUAGAUAUCAAAGCUACAGAUGACCGAAGAGGAAGAAAUUACGGCAAAGUGAUGUUCACUGGCCAGUACUGCGCUCUGGACAUCAAGCCACCUCUACCUCCUGAGGGGAGGUACUACAAACUUAACGAUGUAGUUGAUGAACUGAAAAACUUCUCGCAAGGAGGAAAUGUUAUAAAUGAAGCAGCAAAAUCUGCGCAGUUUUUUCACUUUUUGGCUAUGAGAGUCGGAUUGUGUGUUCCUUCUGGUUGUCAAGCAUCUGAUAUAGAAGAAGUGGCAAGAAAAGCUACAGAACAUCUUUAUUGGACGGUCAAAGUAAAGAGAUGUGAAGUGAAAGAAGAUUACGAAUACACACCUCUGAUUAUUAGUGUUAUGACAGUGCUAUGUUUCUUUGGGUUUCUGAUGCUCCUAGGCUCAUUGCUGGAAUUGUACCAUUAUUGCGCACAAAAGAAAAUAGAAAGUACUCUUUUACAAGUGCUCGCCUGUUUCUCCCUCAUUUCGAACUUCAAAAAACUAGUGAAUACGAAAACAUCUGCGGGAAAUAUGAGUUGUCUUCACGGAUUGCGGUUUUUGUCAAUUUCAUGGAUCAUCUUGGGUCAUACUUACCUCAAUGUAAAUUUUCAAAUAUUCAGAGGUCUUCGGAAAGCUACAAUUAUACAAAGGGAUUUUUUCUUCCAAGCUGUUGUUAAUGCUUCAGUAGCUGUUGACACAUUCUUCUUUAUAGGUGGCCUUCUUGUGUGCUAUGCUACCGUCAAAGUUGUUAAAGAAACGAAAAAGCCCUUUAACAUACCUCUGUAUCUAAUGCAUCGUCUUUUCAGAUUGUUGCCUGUAUACGUGAUGGUGAUAUUAUUCAUUUACUUGGCUCCUAUUCUGGGAUCUGGACCUAUAUGGCAUGAUUCUAUCGAUAUGUUCGUUGAUGCUUGCUAUAAGAAUUGGUGGACAAACAUUCUAUUCAUCAACAAUUUCGUUAACUCCUAUGAAAUGUGCUUGCCUCAAAGUUGGUAUAUUGCUUGUGAUAUGCAACUGUACAUUGCAGCGCUCAUCGUUCUACUACCAAUUUUAAGGUGGCCUCGCGUUGGUUUGAGUAUCGCAUGGAUGGGUGUCGUCGCAUCUAUCAUAGGCACAGCUGUCAUGACGUACGUCUACGAAUAUCCACCAACAAUGCUCUUUGUGCAUCCAGAUCCAGAUCAGAGGAUAGCGUACUGGGCUAACGCAUACUUCAAACCAUAUUCACAUGCCGGUCCCUAUUGCAUAGGACUUGUGAUUGGCUAUUUGUUGGCAACUCGAUCCGAUUUGAAGUUUUCCUUGCCUGUUCGCUUUGUCGGUUGGUGCGCUGCCAUUGCUUGCAAUAUGGCAGUCCUAUAUGGAGUUUAUGACUGGAAUGUUGGAAGAGAUCCAGAAUUGAUAGAAACUUUAUUUUACAGUGGCUUCCACCGCGUCGCCUGGACUUUUGGUUUAGCAUGGAUGGUAGUAAACUGUGCCACUGGUCAAGGAGGUGUCGUAAAUUAUAUCUUAAGUUGGAAAUGUUGGGUACCACUUGGAAGACUGACUUAUUGUGCAUACCUCAUACACCCUAUCGUACAGAUAGCUGCUCUUGGAAACGCCCGGAUGAAUGUCCAAACAACGCAUUAUUUUGCAGUAUGGAUUUUCUUUGGCCAUCUGCUGAUAACCUAUGGUUCUUCCUUUGCCGCAAGCAUGCUAGUGGAAGCUCCAUUUAUGGGACUAGAAAAGCUUCUAUUGAAGAGAAUUGCUCGAAAGAUGGAUACUGGCGAUAAGAGGCUGACAUGUCCUGAAGAGGAAAUUGGUAAAAGAAACGGAGCACAUGAAAAUGAGCAUGAUUCAAAUGGAUUCGUAGCUCGCUUGUAAAGGACUUGGCUUUCAUGUUUCCAACCUGAAACCAUUUUAUAAUUGCAAAACAACUAUCCUCGUUACCAAUUCUUCCAAUUUGACAGAAAGGAAAAUUCCAAUUUAACACGUUUGCCCUAUGUCACCUUAAAGGUUAAACAUUAACAUUGCACAGUUUGUUGAAAUACAUCUACAUUAAAACACUUAGAAACAAAACAAUAAUAGCUGAUUUUCAGAAGCCUUAAUUAGUAGUUAUAUUAGUGCAUUUGAACAAAAAACUUUCUUGGCACAUCGCUGCAAUUAAUUAGCUUUCGAAAUAAUUGCAACUUAAUUCAAUGACGUAAAAAAAUCAUUGCUUGCAUCUUGUGAUUACUAAUAUGGAAUAAUGCCUGCUUUUAGUUAAAAGUGCAUAAUAUUUGUAUACACAUUAUUAUUCAUUUCCAGUUUAGCAUCCCUUAAACACUGAUAUAGAUCUCCUGUAGAGUUUCAAGAGACAACGUGAUCUUUAGUCAUUUUACCUUCUAGAUUCUCCAGUUCCGGAUCGCUUCAGAUGGUUUUCUUUGUAGCUACCUACGUGCCUUGAAUGACAUUCCUUUUAUAUGCUUUGUUAAGCUUGUAUAGUGUCAGCACGAAGCAAAAACAUAACAUGUAUCCAUGUAUACGAGUAUUUGCCUUUUAUUUUUCGCAGUCCUAGCGAAUAAAAGUGAUAACAUAAAAGUCCUAAUGCAUAAAAGUGAUAGUGAUGCUAUCAAAGUGAUAGUUACAAUUACUUUUGAAUUAUUAGAUCAUUAAAUGUUCUGCAUUUUAGUGUAGAAUUUCUUCUAUAUGAAAGCAGAAGUAAGAUUAUAUGAAUCAAAACGUUCUUACUUCAUGUUGCGUUCUGCAGGGGUAAUCAGAAACUUUCAGACUUAAUGUCAUGGAUCAUUAACAAGCAAUAUUUUCAACGAGAUGGAUAGAUCUUGAAGAUAUAUAAAAAUAUUUCAUACAAUUGAAAACAAUUUUCUAAAGCAUAAAUUCUGCUCUUUGGAAAAACUGAGCAUUCCGAGUUCGAAAUCGCUAAAAAAAUACUGGAAUAACUAACCACUGCAGAAACGUAAUAAAAAAUCUGCUAAAAUAUAUUUCUACUUCCUAGCAAUUUUUGCAUAUUACGGAGGCCUGAGUAUCAUCUAGUCUAAAUAACAGAAUGUACUUUCGUGAUGAUUACAGAAAAUUCAGUUUAGAGAUACUGUCUAAAAUAAUAGAAAUACCUAAAUACACUCAUGUCCAUAAAUUAAGGAUAAUGCAAAAUCAGGCAAAGGAAGAGUUAGAAGCAAAACAAAUUUGUUGUAAAGCUUAUUUAUUAAAUAAAAGGUAAA